AUGCAACUCGUCAAUUAUGCAGCCUGGAUUCCCUCUGAGAAUGCCCAUCUUGUAGUCGCCACGGCACCUUUUCCGGAUCUCUCGCCCGAUGAGCUCGUCAUCACGAACCGCGCCGUAGCUGUCAACCCGGUCGACUGGAAGAUCCAGGCGUCGGGCGGCUUCGGUCUCCAGUACCCGGGGAUUCUGGGAGAAGACAUCGCUGGUGAAGUUCUGGAGGUCGGUAAGAAUGUGAAGCGGUUCAAAAAGGGCGAUCGCGUCAUUGCGCACGCGCUGGGACUUGGAAACGGGAGUGCCUAUGGCGGGUUUCAACUCUAUCCACGGGCCAAGGUUGAGACGGUCGCAAAGAUUCCUUCCAGUAUAGAGUUCCAGACCGGAGUGGUGCUGCCGUUGAGCAUCUCGACGGCAGCCGCUGGGCUGUACCUGAAAGGGACGCUGGGGCUGGAGUAUCCCAAGGUUGCGAACACACUGGCAAAUCAGACGUCGACACUGGAGAGGAAGAAUACGUCUGAUAAUGCGGGAGAAAGGACCAAGAAGAAGGCCAUUCUCCUCCUCUGGGGCGGGUCAUCAUCGGUCGGCUCGUCGGUCAUCCAACUUGCUGUGGCUUCUGGCUAUAACGUCGUCAUCACGGCCUCGCCAGCAAAUUACUCCUACUGCAAAGACCUCGGAGCCUCACUCGUGCUCGACUACCACAACCCCGACGUCGUGUCGAUACUUGUAUCGUUGCUCAAAGAGCAUGGGGUGCCUGUCGUGGGCGCUUAUGACGCCAUCGGAACUGACGCGACUGUCCGACAAUGCGCGGCGGUGCUGCACGGUCUAGGUGGUGGUACGGUAGCGAGCGUGGUAUCUACACCUUCAGAUCUCCCUAAAGAUGUCAAAGCCGUGAGAAUUUCGAGUACCGACGUCGUGGGCCAGGAGGGGGGUGCCGUGGCAAAGACCAUAUGGGGAGAAUAUGUGCCCUCGGCCUUGCAGAGAGGGUCAUUCAAGGCGGCGCCUCCAGAGCUCGUGGUGGGACAUGGGCUGUACUCUGUCCAAGGUGGCCUUGACAAGCAGAAGAGUGGGGUGAGCGCGCAGAAGGUUGUUAUAACGCUAUGA